CUGGGAGCGGCAGGAUGUGCGAAUGAGGGCGCGAGACAGAUAAACAGAGAGACACGCAGAACUUCAGCAAAGGGACAGAGGAGGAGACAGCAAAACAUUUAGGACUAUUUACACACGUGACACCUCAACUCCGGCACAAGUAUGUCUGUGAACUCUCCCAGUAGCAGUGAUGCAUGUUUGAGCAUCGUUCACAGUCUGAUGUGCCACCGGCAGGGUGGAGAGAACGAGGGCUUUGCCAAGCGUGCCAUCGAGAGCCUUGUGAAGAAACUAAAAGAGAAGAAGGACGAGCUGGAUUCUCUUAUAACCGCCAUCACAACUAACGGUGUCCACCCCAGCAAAUGUGUCACCAUUCAGAGGACGCUGGAUGGCAGGCUGCAGGUAGCAGGGCGAAAAGGCUUUCCUCAUGUCAUAUAUGCUCGACUGUGGCGUUGGCCAGACCUCCACAAAAACGAGCUCAAACAUGUCAAGUUCUGCCAGUAUGCCUUCGAUCUCAAGUACGACAAUGUAUGUGUCAACCCCUAUCACUAUGAACGGGUGGUGUCUCCAGGCAUCGUUGGACUAAGCUUGCAGACUACAGCCAGGCCGAUAAAGGAAGAGUAUAUCCAUGACUGUAUCCAGUUGGACGGUCCAGCCAGAAUGCCCUCCCAGCAGGACCAUCAUGCCCCAGAACACUAUAGCCAACAGCUGCCCCCACUCCAGCUGCCACCAGAGCCCCAUCAUCACGCCACUCCAUCAGUAACCAUCUACCCAAGCCUGCCCCUCUCACCACCUUCGAGCAGCUCCAGAUUGUCCCUGCAGGGUAGCCAUCCGGAGGGCCUACUGCAGAUCGCCUCUGCUCAAAGCAGGGCUUUGGCAUCCUGUUCUCCCCCCACCACGCCUACACACACACCAACAAACACAACAACACACAGCCAGACCUCAGCCCAACAACCUGAUGCAGAUCGCUGCAGUCAGGGUGAUUACAGCACCUCCAAACAGACACAGGCACAGACCUCCUACCACACAACAACUUGGACAGGCACGAGCACUGCCUCCUACACACCUAUGGGGUCCCAGCAGAAUGGGCGGAGUCACCAGCAGGGUCCUCCCCACCACACUGGUCAUUUCUGGUCUCAACAUCACACUCCCACCUCAUACCCACAGCCAGUCUCCAACCAUCCAGGUCCAGAGUUCUGGUGUUCAAUCUCAUACUUUGAGAUGGACAUCCAGGUGGGGGAGAUGUUUAAGGUCCUGGCUAACUGUCCGCUGGUAACUAUAGACGGCUAUGUGGAUCCAUCUGGAGGAGACCGCUUCUGUCUGGGGCAACUGAGCAAUGUGCAUCGCACAGAUGCUAGUGAGAGAGCACGGCUCCACAUUGGUAAAGGUGUGCAGCUAGAGUGUCGUGGGGAGGGAGACGUGUGGAUGCGAUGUCUCAGUGACCAUGCUGUCUUUGUGCAGAGCUACUACCUGGACAGGGAGGCAGGAAGAGCACCAGGGGAUGCUGUGCACAAAAUCUACCCAGGAGCUUAUGUCAAAGUAUUUGACCUGCGUCAAUGCCAUAGGCAGAUGCAGCAGCAAGCAGCAACUGCACAGGCAGCUGCAGCUGCACAGGCUGCAGCAGUGGCUGGAAAUAUUCCAGGACCCGGCAGUGUGGGGGGCAUCGCCCCCGCCAUCAGUUUCUCUGCUGCAGCGGGCAUAGGAGUUGAUGAUUUGCGUCGGCUGUGUAUAUUGCGUCUGAGCUUUGUGAAGGGUUGGGGGCCGGAUUACCCACGCCAGAGCAUCAAACAAACCCCCUGCUGGAUAGAAGUGCAUCUCCACCGGGCAUUGCAGCUGCUGGAUGAGGUGCUACACACCAUGCCCCUCGCUGAGCCCAGCCCUGCCAACUGACCUGGUAACAGAGCUUAAUCAAACACAGCAUCUCACAAGAAUCCACAACAGGGAACGAUGGAGGAGAGAUGGAGAGAUGAUGAUAUGCUCCAUAGCUUCUCCCACAUACACAGCAUGCCCACGUGAACAGACAGUGACUCAUGGAAGGAGGCAGACACUUACGCAAGCUUUCCAUUGCCAUGGCCAGCAGACUGAGUGGACCUCUGCGCUGACCAGUGUAUAGUCCAAUCAUAAGACUGUUGACUCACAUGGAAAUAAAGACCAGAGAAAGAUGUUCUUAAGGCACAGGUGAACAGGAGGCCCUGGAAUUGGUGAAGUGCUGAGUAGCGCGCACUUUGAGAGAUAUCUGUGGGUCGUCCGAACAAGAACUAAUGAGUCAUGGUAUUCUUGGCCCAGGAUAUGAUUUGAAAUGCUGAGUUAUUCUGUAAGAGCAAUGAUACCACAAACACCAAACUUGGCUAAAUAUAGGCAAUGGAUAGACAAUCAUUUUUAACUUUUGUUACAAUGUGUUUUUGUAACUAUGGGAUAGUAUUUUAGCAAAAACAAAUAGUAUUUUAGCACCAAAUUCUAAAUAAUUGGAACACAUUAUUUCAUUGUUUAUAAUGCCAAAGAUGGAUUUAUAGCACUGCAAUACCAAAAAGGCAGCUUCUUUAGAGUAAAGCAAAGCACAAGGAUUUCCUCAUGUUUAAUGCAUCUUGUCUUACUUAUUAGGCAUGAGAUCGUUGAUUACUUCGGAGAGUAGAGUAUGCUGCACCUAAUUUCAUGCUGCAACCCUUUCUCAUCAUGAAGACUGUCUGUUUUACAAGAACUUUUACGUGUUUCUUUUUGUUCCACCCCACCUCCAACUUUUUGUGCCUUAUUACCAAUGAGUACAUGCUGUGCCCGUUUUAUAUAAAUCUAUGCAAAAUCAUUUUUUAUGUUUAUUACUGAGCCCGUUUGUUUUUCACGUCCAGACUGACCUAGUCAGUGACUUAUGUUUUAGAAGUUUCAGACUGUUUGAAGAGGUUUAGUAGAGAGUAGUUCGUUUUUUUUUUUUGUUUUUUUUUGCCACUUGUACUGUUAACUGCUUUGAUUUCCCUUUCUAUAUGCCAUUCAAGUGUGUCUCCCACACACAUUAAAUGUUCCCUUCUUCACUUAUUUAAACAUUUAGGAGACUUGUGGUUGUUCUCUUGGAAUUCAGCUUCAUAAAGUUAUUGUAAUUCUUUAAAGUAUAAACAAAUUUUGUGUCUGAAAAAGCAUUAAGUAUGCAAAAAUAUACUACAAAUAUUUAAUAGUAAUGAUGGCAAUAUGGCAUCAUUUUCAACAGGUUUCCUGAGCUAAGAAAAAAAAAAAGUCAUUGUAGAUGAAGUAGCUGCACACACUUUAGACAUACUGUAGCUACAAGUCAUAAGUGGACUCAUAAACUGAGCACCAAAAAAUGCCACACACAAACUUUACUCCUGAGGUAUGACGAGUUAUACAAUAGUGUAUGCUAACUUUCAGGUUUUGCACACCAUGAUCUUGUAUAAUAUUACUGGAAGCUAUGAUAAGUUAAACGUCACAAGAUUUCCCUUCAUCUUUGUGAACAUUAUUAAAGACAUAGUUUGAACCCAAACCCUUGUUUUAACUCAAUACUUUAUUUAGUAUUGUACAGUCUUUUUUGAAGAAAUAAUUAAAGAAAGAAAGCAAUGACA